AUGGGGCUCAGCUUCCUUCAAAAGAAGAACAGAACCGAUGCCGAGUUUGAGGGCAUCCACGCGGUGCUGCCGAAAGACCGCAAGCCCUGGUACAGAACCUGGCAUCUUAUUCAGUUAAAUCUGAUUUUGCUUGUGCCUCUGGUCAGUUCCAGUGCCGUGGGAUAUGACGCCUCUAUGAUGAACGGUCUCCAGUCCUUGACGCAGUGGAAGACCUACUUCGGUCAUCCAAACUCGGCAAUUCUGGGAACCCUGAAUGCCGUGUAUCCCAUUGGAAAGGUUUUGAUGGUCUUCCCUGUCUCCUGGUUAGGAGAUCGGUAUGGCCGCCGAUUCCCAAUGAUCAUCGGACUCUGUGGCAUGGUGGCAUUCGCCAUCUUCCAAGCCGCCUCGCAGAAUGUUGCCAUGUUAAUUGUUUCCCGCUACCUGAUCGGAUCGUGCACCAUAAUGGUCGCACAGCCCUCGCCCAUUCUCAUCACGGAGCUUGCUUUCCCUACGCACCGUGGUAAGCUGACUGCCUUGUACAACUCGUCGUUCUAUAUCGGUGCCAUUAUUGCUGCCUGGGGUACCUAUGGCUCCUUUACUUUGAGUUCCAGCUGGUCGUGGCGAAUUCCUUCCGCUAUCCAAGGUGCUUUGCCGGUAUUGCAGUUGGCUUUCUUCUGGUGCCUCCCCGAAUCGCCUCGUUGGCUGGUAUCCAAAGGCCGCAUCGAAGAAGCUCGAGCGUUCUUUGUUAAACACCAUGCCGGUGGGGAUGAAGCAUCCCCUAUAGUUGAUUUCGAGAUGCAGGAAAUCAUGCAACACAUGGAGACUGGAGAAGAAGGAGCUACCAAAGUCCCUUGGAAGGAAAUGCUUCGCACCCAGGCAAAUCGCCGUCGGACACUUAUUGCUGUGAUCCUUGGAUUCUACUCGCAGUGGUCCGGCACUGGACUGGUCACUUACUACCUUACCCUUGUCCUUGACACGAUCGGCAUCACAGCAACCAAGGAACAGACCCUAGUCAAUGGUAUUCUUCAGAUUGCGAACUUCGCGGGAGCUGUCGGUGUGGGAGCUCUCAUGAUCGACUGGCUCGGUCGCCGUACCCUCUUUUUGAUCUCUGCAGUCGGCCUAUUCUGCAGUUACGUAUGCUGGACCGUUCUCUCGAUGGAGUUCCACAGGACCGGAAAUCCCUCUACAGCCAAAGGUGUCCUAGGUUUCAUCUUUAUUGCCUGCUUCUUCUUCAAUAUUGCCUGGACCCCUAUGCUUUAUGCUUACACGGUGGAGAUCUUCCCCUACAAGCUGCGCUCAUUUGGUCUUUCAACCGCUCUGAUGACAGCCAAUCUGGCGUUGAUUCUGGGCCAGUUUGUCCACCCGAUCGCGCUUGCCGAUAUCGGCCAGAGAUACUACAUCCUUUUCUGCUGCUUGCUCUUCGUCCUCAUUUUCUUGAUUUACUUCCUGUUCCCGGAAACCAAGAACCGUACUCUCGAAGAGAUUGCGUUUAUCUUUGAAGGAGAACAGAACAUUCUUGGCCAGAAAGUUGCGGAAGAGCCGGCCGUGAUGAAUGAGAAAGAGCAAGUAGUUACCAAGAAGAUGGAAAUCAACGUCUGA